AAACUUCCAGACACACAGGAAAGAGUGAAGCAAACUCUCCCAGAGCCACAAAAGGUUUACUCUUUAAUAAGUGUGGGCAAGUACAGAGUGUGGAAAAAGAUGCUGACAGUGAUUAAUACAGCUCCAGUCACCUUGGACCCUAAUACAGCAGCUCCUCCCCUUUUCCUCUCCGAGGAUCUGAGCACUGUGAGACACACAAGGAAUCAACAGUUGAUUCUUGACAAUCAUGAGAGAUUUGAUUACCUUGUCUUUGUCCUGGGAUCAGAGGGAUUCAUAUCAGGAAAACAUUCCUGGGAGGUGGAGGUGGGGAACAAGACUCAUUGGAAUGUGGGAGUGGCCGAGGAGUCCAUCAACAGGAAGGGAGAUGUCUACCUGAAUCCAGGUAAUGGAUACUGGACAGUGAUUCUGAGAGACGGGAAUGAAUGCUGGGCUGGUGAGGAACCGUGGAAACAGUUAGAGCUGAGAGUGAAUCUGAGGAAGAUCCGAAUCUGUCUGGAUUAUGAGGGAGGGAAGGUGUCCUUUUAUAACUUAGAGAACAAGAUCCAUACCUACACUUUCACUGCGACUUUCACUGAGAAAAUCUAUCCUUACUUCAGUCCAGGUCUCACUGAUGGAGGUAAAAACACAGAGCCUCUGAAAAUCUGUCCUCAGAGGAUAACAAUCCAGGAGGAUGAUGGAUUCAUCCCUUCAUCCAAAUAA